CUCUGCGAAUGAAUUUGAAAAGCUUUUUGUCAGCCGUUGUGCUGCUGAGGUACUUCGAGAGGCAACAGUAAACAGAAAGAAACGAGUAAAUAGAGUAAACAGAAUCAAAAUGGCGCCUAGAAAAAGGACCACUAAUGCUAAGAACAAGAAGAACCCCAAGAUGGCCAAACUGGAAGCCUUUCUGCUGGACUUUGAUGAUGAAGUAAAUACAAUCGUUAAGAGGUUGAACGAGAAGACCAACAACCUUCUAAAAGAUGCCGACAACCUGUACAACAUGACUCUGAUCAAGCUUCCCAUGGCAGUGCGACAGAUGAACUGGAUUCAGUAUUGGGGUUCUGAAAAGCCCGAAACACCAGUGGAUGAAUCAAAGCAAAAGGAGGAAGCUGCUCAGGUGGAGCUCACCAUCGCUCAGGAUCAUACAAUUCCCCACAAAUCUGACAAAAAACAUUCAAAGACCAGUGUAAAGUCUGAGGACGAAGAGAAUUCGGUGCCAAAGUCUACAGCCAAAAAGGGAAGAACAAAGAAGGCACCAUCAACUACCAAGAAGGUUAAAGCUCUUUCUGUGAGCAAGCAGAAUGGUGCUAUUAGAAAAUCCAAUAGGAAGCCUCUGCUCACUCCAGCCAGAAGUUUCUUGGACUCCUCCAUCAUGGGUCCAACUCCACUCGUCACACCCCGAUUUGAUUCCAGGUUGCCCAAAACUCCAGCAGUACGAGUUCCUCGGCACAGAGAGAAGGUGUACAGCAUCUCUGUGAACGGCUCUCCCAUCACUGGAGGCACGGAGGAUAUCGUCAUCAAUGUCCCUUUGGGCAACGGAGAGAGCAUUCAGCUGCUGGCCAGUGAGAUGGACUCUGUUGAUCUGAAUCAGCUGGACGAGAAAGCGCUGCACAGUAUCAGGCAGCUGCAGAACCGACUCACAGCUCUCUGUGGAACCUCCGAGUGAAGAGCCCGCAUGUGAUCAACUUUUUCUAUACAACACCCUGUACUUUCAAUGUGUUUGUUGAUAUAUUUCUAUUCUUCUUGUUGGGUUUCCUUUUUUUUUUUUUUUUCUUCCCCUUCUCUUUUUCCUGUUGUAUGUUAUGGGCAUUUUCUCACUGUACUUUGUCAGUAUGUACAGUUCAGCUAUAGCUUUUAUUUUGUAAAUAUGAUCCAAAAUAGUAACCAGAUGUUUCUAAUGUUGCUUAGCUUAUUAUUUUAAUCACUGUCAUUUUUAUGAUAUCUGUAAUUCUGCUGCUUUUCUUGAAGAGCAGAAGAACUGGAUGCAUCUCCCAGAGCGAGGACAACAUCUACAAUAGUGUUUUCAUGAGUUACAGCUUUUAAAUGAUUUUGACCAACUUUUAGCUGGUAGUGUAACUUUUCCUGCUCUGUAAAUGGCAUUAAAGUGUAAAUAUUCAA